AUGACUAAGCAACGUCCCAACAACACCCGAAUCCCGAUCAAACAACGAACUUGUAUCGAAACACCAUUUCUCACCACCAAAUCUCUCCCCCGCCUUCAAUUGAGAUCCCACCUGCUCUCUGCCGUCAUGUUGGUUCAGUCUAUCCGAGCUUCGCGCUCUUCACUCACCCGCUGUCUGGUCCGCCAGCCUACAUUCACCCGUGCAUUCAUCGCGCCAACAGCUGUCCGCCAGGCCGAUAUUGUCCAGGAAAUAUAUCUCCGCGAACUGAAAGCCUACAAGCCCCCCACUGCCAAGGCCUCAGACAGCGAAGGCCAGGUUAAGAAAUGGGCUCUUCCCGCCGCCCCAAAGAGCCCUGAGGAGGCUGAGGCCUCUUUGGCUGAGCAGUUGAAGGCUUACGAGACCCAGGAAGUUGAGGUUGAGGGGCAGGCCGCCGCCGGUGAGCCGGCCGAGGCUGCCGUUGAGGAGGACUGGUUUGAGGAGGAAUUGACCUUUGCUGAACCUGAGGCCCACGGCCAUUAG